CGCCGCUGUAAGCUCGGCUCGGCUCAGCUCAGCUCGACUCGGCUCAGAACAGCUGAAUGAGAGGGGGAUUGGAGGGACAACAAAAAGAGGAGAGAACGGCUUUCCCCUAACACAGAACCCCUAACCCCCCUUCCCCCUUUCCCAUCUCACCUCCCCCUCCCUGCUCUGGCUACAGACGGAGAGAUGCAGUCCUUCCGUGAGCGCAGCGGUGGUUACCACAGCAACCAACCAUGCUACCAGCAGGAGCCCCAUGAAUUAUCCCGCCUGGAGACCUACAGGCAGCAUCCGCAUCAUCCCCACCCCCAGCACCCACACCCAGGCCCCGGUCCACAUCCAGGUCCAGGACCAGCGCUCACCAGGACAGGCUAUGAGCCUCAUUCAUUGACAAACCCCACAAGCAUGCCUCCAGUUUCAGGACCAGGAACUGGAGUAGGACCCAAGGACUGUUACAGCCAGCAAGCCUUUGCUGGUUACCCAGGAAAUGGUGGAGGGAAUGGGAGUGGAAAUGGGGGCUCAGCAUCCACACAGGCAAAGAAAUCCUACAGAGGAAGCAAAGUGCCCGUACCAAAUCCCAGUCAGCAUCUGCAGGGCCCUGGGGGCUAUGCUACCCAUAUGGGUUCUGGGAAUUAUUCAGCUCAGUAUAUGAGCGAGGGCCACCUCCAGCAGAAAUGGGAUGACCCAGCUCAAUUAACUCAGUAUGAGCAGGAGUUGGUGGGGCGUAUGGAGGCUAGUGGUACCCCCACACCUGGCCCCUCCCAAUACCUGGACCAGAACAUCUUGGGCCUUUCCCAGACCCAGUGCCACCAGCCGUCUGCCCCUGCCUAUACCAGCCCCCACCACCAGUCCCACCCUGCAAACCCUGCCCCCUCAUCUCUCAUGUAUUCCCAGAGUCACCUGCACUACACCCAGCACUCACCUUCUCCCUCACCAUACAUGGAAAAGUGUAGCCCUAUGCCCCACUGUUACAAGGGUUACAACAUACCCCCAAAUUCCCAUUAUGGCAGACAAAUGAGCAGCCACAGCAAUCUGAAGCAGGGAGGUUACAGGUCCGCCCAGAACAGUUAUAGCUACCCGCAGGCUCCCUCCAGAGGAUAUGAGCAGCAGACUCCUUUACAGACAAUGGCAAACCCACAGGAGCCCCACCCCAAAUACCAACACUACAGCCAGCCCCAACAAAACUACUGUCUCUCAGAGCUGUCAGUCAGAUCACCAGAACAGUAUUAUCAGACUUGUAGCCCCUCUUCAAGUCACUCCCCUGCCCGCUCUGUAGGACGUUCCCCCUCAUACAGUUCAACCCCUUCACCACUAAUGACCAAUCCGGAGUCGUUUCAAUAUGGCCAACCUCCAAUGACUCCUGGGGCAGCCUCUUCCUCUUCAUCCUCUUCAGCUGGCAUGCAGGAGCAAGCCAGUGCCAACACCAUGUUGAUGCCCCCUCGCUCACACCCCUCACCCAGCGUGACCCAUGCGGCCCCGCACAACUAUACUUCCACACCGCAGGUUCCCACCAUGAAAGAGCGCUUCUCAGAGAAACUACUCUCAAACCCCAGCUUGUGGAGCCUGAAUGCCCUCACCUCUCAGGUAGAAAACAUCUCUAAUAAUGUCCAGCAGCUGCUGCUUUCCGAGGCAAUGGUGGCCAACAAAAAAGGAAGUAAGCGCAACAGUGGAGGGAGCAACAGCAGUGCUGGUAGUGGAGCAUCCUCCAAAAAGGGUGAGGAGUACAAAAGUCCUCCAUAUCCAGAUGGUGGUGGGGGUGUCGGUGGAGGCCCCAUUCAGGACCCUUACUCUACCCCACAGCACCAACCAAUGCCCAUGGAACUACAUGAGGGAGGCUACUGUAGCAGUAGCGAUGAACAACUGGAGAGGGGCUACUACUACUGUGGCCAGGGCAGAAGUCCUGCACAGGCCCCUAACAACACACACCUCUGCGUGGACACCACCUCUUCAUGCUCAAUGACAUCUCCAGAUGAUAUGUCCACCAGGUCUGGGGACUCAGGUCUGCACAAUCUUACACCUGAUGCUACUAGGUGCCAGUCAAGUCAGGGAGGGGAUGGCAUGAGUACCCCAGCAAAGAGCAUUGGUGAUGAGAGGUCUCCUAUAAGCAUUACGAUCCCAAGUCCAUUGAAACAAGAAAGUGACUCUCCUUUAGAUAUACAGCAUAACAACGAGCCUGUCAAAGAGAACUUUGAAGAAUCGGCCUGGACAGAGAAAUCAGCCGACAAAGAGGAGGUGACAACAGAAAAAACUCUUGACUGUGACACAGAUUUAGACAUUACUAUAUCAACAGAGAAACUGGAGCAAUGGAGAGAUACAGAGAAAUGCCCCUCUCUCUAUAGCAAAGUAAACAAGGAGGUGACAGAAAAAAGCUACUGCUAUGAGGAGACAGUGUACCAAGGGGUCCAGAGCAAAUAUAACCCUGAUGUUAGAGACUUAGUUGAACAGUCCCCAGCAGCUCUUUCUGAUUCAAGCCACAAAUUCCAAAAAGAGUUUGGCCAAGAGAUGAAAUCAGAGACAUUCAAAUCUGAGUCUCCAACUGCUUCUGAGAGCUCAGUGAAAACACUGCCUUUCAUUUCUGGAGGUGACCUUGAACAGGAUCAAUAUUCCACAGAGAAAGAGGAUAGCUCACAGAACACCUCUCCAACCCCCCAGGUCGAGGCUUUGGAUGAGAGCAAUUCAGACAAGAAAGAGAACAGAGAUGAGGAGGAGGAGGAGGAGGAGGAGGAGGAGGAGGAGGAGGAGGAUAGGGAGGAGGAUAGGGAGGCCGAUGAAGAAGAUGAAGAAGAUGAAAUACACAAAAGAGUGCAACAUGCUCUUUCCCCUCCUCUGUCUGCAGAGGCUAGGGAGGAACUCGGGGAGGAGGAGGAAGUAAGGAAGUCAACAACUGAGGAGCAAAUGAAUAAUAGAGAGGGUUCAGAGAAGCCUCCUGCAGACCUGUACACUGACAAUGAGUUUACAGGGACACCAGCCCAUCCAAAUGCAGCAGCAGUAACAGCAGCAGCAGACGCUUCUGCAAGGGAGUCAGCCAUUGGUGACACCGCUCCUCAGCCCCAUUCUGCGAUGCCUGUCUUCUCAGCGCUCAAUGAAAAGGCAAAACCUCAAGCUCAGACCAGAGAUCAUAUUGAUCACAGUGAUGCUAAAGUGCUGGAGCCAGACUCUCCUCAGCUUCCAGGGAAGUCAAUACUUCCCUCACCCCCCUCUUGGGCAGACACUCCACCCUCCCCGAAGAAAGGUGAUGAGGACAUGGAGCCAGGCAUCAGCUGCGCCAGUGCUGUGACCCCCUCGGCCAAGCCAGAGCCCAUGGCCCCAUCUGCUCAGCCGAGGGCGUUUGGACGUAAGCAUGCCAGGGGCAGAAGAAGAAUCAUGCAUUCAGGUGUGGGAAUCAGGCGACAGCUCAGCUUGGAGAGGGAGAUGGAGAAGGAGGAGGAAGGAGCCCCCUCACCUACGCAGAAACCCUGCAUGUCUCCAAGCAAAACAGUGCUGUUCUCAGAUCAAAUGGACCUAGUUCAUCAGGAAUCUAUUCUGAGACAGACUCCAAAAAUGCUGACUGAUGGUUUUCGUUCAAGAAUGUGCACUCGUUCAUUCAAUGCACCAGACUUGCCUCCCAAAGUCGAGCCUAACAUGAAGAGAAAACCAGGCCCGAAACCAGGUUCGAAGCCUGGGCCAAAACCAGGGCCAAAGUCUGGACCAAAACCAGGGCCCAAACCAGGAGCAAAACAAGGUCCAAAACCAGGGCCUAAACAUGGGCUAAAGCCUGGAGCAAAACCUGGACCUAAACCAGGUCCUAAACCAGGACCAAAACCUGUGCCAAAUGAACUGGAGCUGCCCCUGAAAACUGAGACUCUUAUGAAACGAAAACCAGGACCCAAACCAGGUUCAAAACCCGGCUCAAAACCAGCUCUAAAGCCAGCUGCCAAACCAGGACCUAAACCCGGACCGAAGCCUACAGAUGUUUUGCCCAUCACUGACCAAGCAAUCAUCAAGGCCCCUGUGGGUCGUCCAAAAGGCUCAGUUUCAAAAGCAAAGCAUGUAAAACAAGAAGAAUCAACUCAAGCAUUGACAGGACUUCAAAGCAGGGGCAGAAAGAGCCUUAAAGCUACAAUAUCACAAUUAAACCAGGAUGUAAGACCAGUAAACCAGGAGGAGAAACAAGCUAACUGUGAAGUAAAGGCACCAGAAAAGGAUAGCAAGAACAUGGUGUUGAGAUCCAGAAAACCCUCACAAGAAAAACUGUCAAAAGAAAAGGAAAAAAUCAUAGGGGAAGAUAUCCUGUCCCACACAGUACCAGAAAUUAAAACCAGUGAAGUUUCUCCAAUAGUAGAAGAACCUGUAACUGUGGAACAAACCCGUACUCUUAUUACCAAUGCAGUUGAAAAUACAGAUGUACCAGCAGACCCACCUGCACCGCUUGCCUCACCAGUCCCAACUGAACAAUCUGAAGAAAAGACAUCAGUUCCACUAAAACGGGAACCUAGCACAGAGCUUUCUACACCAACAGCAAAGAAGAAGAGGGGUCCAAAGCCAAAACCAAAACCUUUGCCAUUUCAACCCCCCCAGCUGGAGCAAAACUCCUCUACACCUAAAGAUAGGGCUGUCCGGGCCCCAAAACGAAAGCGAGGCCCGCCCAAGAAAGCCAUUGUGGUCACUCCCUCAACCAAAGACACUCCUAACAUCAGUGAAACUGAGAUGACUAGUGAUGUGCCUGUGGUGCCGCCUCAGUGUCCGACUAAAACAAAAGUUCUUCCACCAAGAAAAGGUAGGGGACAGAAAUAUGAAGCCAUGGUGCAGAAAAUUACAUCUCCCAGCUCAAAAAAACACCUUCCAAUUCCCCAGAUAGACAGUCACCUACCUGAUGAUGUAACAGCUAAGGCUUUGUCUCAACAUGUCUUAAAGGAAGGUGACAUGUCUAUGCUCAAAAAAGAUACAGAGACGACAGAGGGAGAAGUGAAAAGCAUUGAGGCUAGACAAGAAGAGGUAAAACAACACCAAGAGGCAGCGAGAAAAGAGGAGGUGACCCGAGAAAGAGAAACGCAUGAGGCGAGUCAAGUAGCAUCAACCCCAGAUAGGGUGAGCCAAGGGCUGGAAGAGGAGGUUGUAAAUAAGCCGAUUGCAAGUCAGAAAAACAUUAAAUCAGAGAUACAACUGGAUGAUGGAGCUGACCAUGUUUGGAGCUCAAUGGAUGUCCCAGUAGAAGUCAAGGCAGCAGAAGAGUGGCUGACUUCAGAAGGUGUAUCUACUGCUGUUACUAAGUCAUCCAGAACUAAAAGGAAGAGAUGGGCUAUGGUGGAGAGUACAGAUGCGUCUAUAGUAGCCUUGGAAGCAGGGAGCCUGAUAGUUACAACACCACGGCUAGCCAAGCAAAGGGCCAUCAAAAACAAUCAUGAGAUGCAUCUAAAACAGAGGAGAAAGAAGAGGAAAGUUCAAACUCCUCUGGAAGAAGUGGAGCAAGUUGAGGAGACAAAUACAGAGACAACCGAACAACAACUGGAGAGGGUAGAAGAGAAGGCAUCGCCUGUAGAGUCCAAACUGCCUGUGCCAGUCACCUUAGAUGAGAUAACAGAACCCCCUAAGGUGAAAAGCACAGAACUCAUCCAGAAACCCAGGAGAGGGAGAAAACCAUCAGCAAACCCCACCAAGAGGAAACGAGGCAAAACCUUAUCGGAGCAGAUUCCUGGCAUUCCAGUGAAGGUCCACAAAAAGCCUGGGCCAAAACCUGGGAUGAAAGACGCCAUUGAGGUUAUCGAGGCAGUAGUAAGGGCUGCAGGUUGUGAACAGGCAGAAAAAGAAGUGAGAGAUAAAGAUGAACAAGAAGGAAUGGAAAGAGAGAAUGAGGAAAAAGAGAAGACAUAUAUUGUGGGUCCUAUGGUGACAAUAUCAGAAAAGCAGACAGAGACAAUUACUGUGAAAAGAAUCAGGCGCAGGCCAGUAAAUCAAAAUUCAAAACUGUCUUUCUGUCCUUACGUACGGAUUAACAACUCUCGAGACUUUUCCUCUUGGUGUGCCAUAGUCAACAAGCCUGAAGAUGCAGUCAUAUUUCAGAGACGAAGAAAAAAGGGCAUACUCAGAAUGAAGAACCCUUUCACAAUUGCAAAAGUAGUACCGCACACUGCUGCCAUGCUACAAGGACCCUUGGUAAAUAGAAAUCUAAUUGGGAAGUGUCUGACAUGCAGCCUAUGUGGACAGCCGGCAAAUUACAGAGACCUGGGUGAUUUGUGUGGACCUUACUACACAGAAGAUGGUGUUCCAAGGAAGCUUUUGACGGCCACGCACACAGAAUCCCUCAUGGGUGAGUCCGAGAAGAGCAGCGAACACAACAGUAGCAGCAGUGAAAAACCAGGCAACUCCUUAAAGAAUGAGGACGAGGACAUCUCAGAAAAGGAGGCCAACACAGAAGCUUCCUCGCAAGAGGGCAGCAGUAACAGGACCCAUCAUUGGCACUACCGACGGGGAGAGAGAACAGAAAGGACGGGUCGGGAGGGUGGUUCACGAAGAUUAACUCUCCGGGAGAGGUUCAGGAGGAUGAGGCAGCUCCAGGCCAUCAGUGCAGGAGUCUCCAGUGACCAAGAGGGCAGUGACAGCGUGUUCCAAAGGCUACAAGCAGAGGCAGAGGCUAAGGAGCACUGGGCGCAUGAAAACUGUGCCAUCUGGACCAAGGGGGUAAUUAUGGUAGCUGGGAGGCUAUACGGACUGAAGGAGGCUUCCAACAACUCGGCCCAAACGAGCUGCUACAAGUGCCAGAUUGUGGGGGCGUCCCUCAGCUGCUGUUGGAGAGGCUGCUCUCAUAAAUACCAUUAUGUCUGCGCCAAAGAGAUAGGCUGCACAUUCCACGAGGACGACUUCUCCAUCAAAUGUCCAAAACACGAGGACCUGUAAGAUAUUCCAGCGUACCAACUCCACCACCAACAAGCAAGCACCACCCAUCCGGCCAGGCAAAGGACAACGCUGUCCAAACAGUGACCGAUACCCCCCCCCCCCAAAAAAAAAUAAUGAUGACUGAUGAUUGACAGGCUCGUCGGGGCCGGGGAGAGGCAAAAAAAAGGCGGCACUGAGGUGAAGCUCGGGGGCAGACCGCUCCACAGAGAGGAGCUGCUCCCUGAACCCGGCCUGGAAAUGUGUGUUCAAAACUGAGCCUGUGACUGGAAGGCAGAAGGCAGCGGCACUGUUUAACAGGCGGACAGCCUGCGCUUUAGAGACUGUGUGCCUGUGAGGCCCAGUGCACAGGGGGGCUGUUUGAAAUGCAGAGUGAGGGAUGUGUGUGUGUGUGUGUGUGUGUGUGUGUGCGUGUUCUGCCUCUCGAUGGCGUGCUAUCAUAUUCAGACACCUGGCCGACACUGAUUGGACAGAAAGCAUCCCUCUGGCCACCUUGUCUGUGGGCCAGGAGGCGUGUGUGCCCUAGAGUGCGUCUGUGUGCGUGUGUGUGAUAAUCAUGAAUCUGUCAUUCUACGGUCUCAUCAUCGGUGUGUUUGUGAAAAUGUGUCUGUGUGAGUGAAGAAGUGCGUCUCAUGUUCGAGUACAUUUCAAAAAAAGCAGCACCUGACCACCGGGUGUCCCAUCUCAACGUUUGCGUUCGUGUUCAAAACAAGAGACAAAAACAAAAAAGGAAGCUGUACAUGAUGAUGUGCUUUACAGGUUCUAAAUAUUCUGAUAUUGAAGAGUUAAGAAUAAAAUGGCCGCAGUAUUUUAAUAUAACGCUCUUAUCUUCGGAGAUGUAUUUUGAUGUGCAUUAUGACUAUACGACAUCAUCGCGUCACCCUCGGUAAAUGUCAGGCUUUGUGUUCUUCAGAGAAUAAAAAUAAGAAAUAAGAAAAACAAAAAAAAAAAAAGUCCAUCCAACUGUGUGCACAUUCAAUAUGUACAGUCAUCACUGGACAGGUUGCAGAUCAGGGCUCCAAGGGUCCAACUGGAGGUCAGGCCAUCUCACUUCAUGUCUAUGUACAGCUCAUAAGUAUUACUGUUAAACAUUGCCAUGAUGUAUAAUUAUUUCACAGCUCCGCAGAAAGAUACACAUUCAAUUCAGAUCUCAUGACACACACACACGUUUGUGUAUUUCAAAUGUAGCUUCUCACUCUGCCAUGCUAUGUAACCACGCCCGGCACAGGGUGUCAGUUUAAGUACUGGUCAUAUCAAAAGGAGACAUAUUUAAGUAUUAGAGCAUAAAAGAAAGUGCAAAAAAACGCCACACCAAACUUUCUCUUUUAUUAUGAAACUCAUUAUUUAAUGGUGUAUAUAAGUAUUUGAUGCUGUUUAUCUGUAAGAUGUGAUGUACUAAUAUAACUGUGUAUAGUAUUUCCUAGAGAUGUUUAUUUUCUAUAAGAUGGAAUAUGUUAUUGCUUAUAAAAUGUUAUUAAAAGAAUCCAUUGAUGAAAAAAAAACGACCUUUUUUGGGAAUGUCACCUCAGUUGGAGCAUGCCGUUUUAUUGAUUUUCAUGUCUAUUUGUUUGGAAUUGAUGACACAGCAUCACUUUGUUUGAAAUGUUUUUUGUAACGCCAAUGUUAAAUAUACCAGCACCUUUCAAUGCUGCUACGACUGA